GGACGGUGGUGAGAAAUGCGGAGAUGAAAAUCGUCGAUCCCGAAACCGGCGCCUCCUUGCCGGCGAAUUCCGCCGGAGAAAUCUGCAUCAGAGGAGACCAAAUCAUGAAGGGGUAUUUGAAUGACCCGGAGUCCACCAAGAGGACCAUUGAUAAAGAAGGAUGGCUACACACCGGCGACAUCGGCCUCAUCGACGAUGACGACGAGCUCUUCAUCGUCGAUCGGUUGAAAGAACUGAUCAAAUUUAAGGCAUUUCAAGUGGCCCCGGCCGAGCUCGAGGCCCUUCUAAUCACUCAUCCUAAACUAUCCGACGCUGCAGUUGUCGGUAUGCCGGACGAGCAGGCCGGAGAGGUGCCGGUGGCAUUUGCGGUGAAGGCGAACGGCGGCGCUGUGACGGAGGAAGAGGUGAAGCAAUUCAUAGCGAAGCAAGUGGUGUUCUACAAGAGGCUAAAACGGGUAUUCUUCGUCAACGCCAUUCCGAAGGCGCCAUCUGGCAAGAUCCUCAGGAAAGAGCUCAGAGCAAAACUUGCUUCUGGAGCUUACAAUUAAAUUCAACACCAACUUCUUCAACUUUCCAAAAAUCUACCAAUUUUUUUUUUCUCUAUUUUUAAAUCUUCUGUUUGGAUAGUUAAUGGAAAUCCUGUAAUUGGAUUGUGAAUGUAUUUUUAUAGUUAAUUUAAGCUAAUGAAAUCAAUAAAUUUGGAUUACUAUUUCAA